GAUUGAGGUUAUAAGACAGCAAUUUGGUUGUCAUAAUAGCGAGCAUCACGAGACAAAGAAAUCGUGGGCCGUAUACUUAAAUUGAUUUUUGGACCCAUUCCCAUCAACUUGUUACUUUUUUACGUCACUUAUUGAUUUAUUAGCUCCUAUAGAAUGGACACAACCGCAGAUUUGAACAGAAGGGACGACUCAGACAUGGCUGCUUCUAGAAAGGCUAUCCAUUAUUAUCCACUAAUUCGGCAUGCAGAUUUGUGUGAAGAAACGAAGAAUGAGUGUGUUGAAAUCAUUGUUGCCUCGUGUGAAAAAUAUCCGUCUAAUCAUGAGGCUGCAGCAAAACAAAUCAAAGAAACUCUUGAUAAAAGAUGUGGCCCAUCUUGGCAUUGUGUCGUGGGUGAAACCUUUGCUCUAGAAAUCUCAUAUGAAACCAAAAACAUAAUAUAUAUGUUUUUAAACAGCAAUUUGGGUGUUUGCGCAUGGAAAUGUAGUUGAUUUGUAUUUGAGAAUGAUUGUUUUCUAAGUUGUCGGUUGAACAGUCUUUUUAUUCACUUAGCAAUAAUUUGUGCAAGAAAGCCCCAAAAUCUCAUUGCACAUGUUAAUAACUCAAACCAUUGCAAUUUAAGCCUCUAACAUGUUAACUACCCAAAGAUUUGUUGAUUCUCACUUA